AUGUUGAAAAGAAAUAAAGCAAAUGUUGUAAAUAAUACUGAAGUAGCUGAAGUUAAACAAACUCCGACACCUUCACAAGCAAAACCUUCAAUGACUCCUGAACCUAUGGAAGUACAAACUCCUGUUCAAAAGUCAACUCCUAAACCGACUCCAACAUUUAAACCAGAACCUACUCCUCAAAUAAAUCGUAAAACUCCUGCGUUUCCUUACUGA